UUCGACAGAUCCGUCCCCAAAACCAUUUUGUUUGACACACGUCAAAAUAAAAAUAUGUCAAAUUAAAGAAAUUUGGCUUUUUUUUUAAAUUAAGUCUAUUUUCGCCACCUGAGAUGGGUUCCCUGGCCAGCAGACAACACGCCGGAGUCGAGGAGGUCGACGUGGUCUCGAAUCACGCGUACAAGUACCCACCCAGAUCUGGCAACUACUUCGGGAGUCACUUUAUCAUGGGGGGCGAACGAUUCGACACACCGCAGCCCGAAUCGUACCUGUUUGGAGAAAACUCAGAUCUCAACUUUCUGGGGAGUCGACCGACACCUUUUCCAUAUCCUCCUCCGCAACCCAACGAACCCACGAAAACGCUCAAAAGUCUGGUGAAUAUCCGGAAGGAGUCGCUGCGGUUUGUUAGGGCUCCAGCGGACUAUUCAAAACCGGUGGAGAAAAAUGAGAGGGACAUACGAGACGUGGAAUUGGGGAAAAGUUCGACGUUCAAUAUUGAGUUCACGUUUGACUGCGACGUGCGCUGUGCUAUCACAAUUUACUACUUUUGUAGCGAGGAUUUCGGACCAAAUGGCGUCACGUAUGUGCCACGAGAUGCCGCCAUGACUUCAGAAACAUUCCAUUAUAAGAGAGGUGCUAAUCAGCAGUUUUGUCAAAUGACUCACAUUUUUGAUCCGUCUAAGUACACUGAAGAGGAGUUGUUGUAUGACGUCGAUCGUGAAAUCAUUCCAAUUGCGAUUCAUUGUGUCGCGGAAGAGGGCGCUGAAGAAAUGCGACAAUCACACACUACUAUAGCCACUGCUGAAAAAUUAUCAGAUGGUACAUACGUUCUUAAAGCUCUCAAACAGAAGUUGUUCGUCGACGGGCUUUGCUACCUCCUGCAAGAAAUCUACGGUAUUGAAAACAAAAAUAACGACAAGCAAUCCGGCGACGACGAGACCGAAGACAACGGUUCCGAAUGCGUGAUUUGCAUGUGCGACGUCCGCGACACCUUAAUCCUGCCCUGUCGCCACUUGUGUCUGUGCAACUCCUGCGCUGACUCCUUGAGAUACCAAGCCAACAACUGCCCGAUUUGCCGGGCCCCAUUCAGGGCUUUGCUGCAAAUCCGGGCCCUCCAGAAGUGCGCCAACCCGAGCCUGGCCUCCAUCAACCCACCAGACGGGAGCUGUGAUAACAUUCCGCCGGGUUAUGAAGCCGUGUCUUUGAUUGAAGCUCUCAACGGACCGUGCAUCCCGCGGCAGCCCCCAUCCGCAAUGCCCGACUUGGUGGAAACGCCGGACAGCGAACAUGCAAUUCAAGCAGCCCAAAUUUUAAACAGGAGCGCCGAUCGGACGCCGCUUAAAACUAAGGGGUCUGAUCCUAGCACACCCGAGUAUGGCGUGCUAAUGACGACCCGGAACGAAGAAGAUAAAGAGACUCCGAAGUGCCCCCUUCUCCCGGACGCGACGAAGGAGGCAGCGAGUCCUCGCCCCAAGCACCGGUCUCGGGACGCCGUCAAGCACGUGAACGAAAAAACUGAAAAGGAUGAAAAUGGAGACGAGGAUAGCGAGGCGGAGAAGUUGUCGCCAUUGUUGCAAAACAGUGACGUCAGAGGUGGUAGUUUGGCCUUGAACAUGGUGGACGUGGUGGAACCCAUUGACGACACCGACACCGACCAUGAAGAAGUGGCGUCGCGCCCCGCCUCUGACAAAAAUAAAACCUAUAACAGGAGCAACGGGGAAGAACGAGGAGACGAAUCUGAUUAUUAUACCCCCGAGGAACCCGCCCCCACUCCGGGACCGCUGUAUGAAAGCACCGGUGCUACUAGUUCUGUGGAGAGCACCCCGCAGAGACUCCCCGGGACCCCAAUGUCGCAUGCUAGUGCUAGAAGUAGUGGGGAUAGCUACACGAGCGGUUCUAGUACCAGGCAUCUGCUAGCUGUUGUGGCCCACAAUGGCUUAAAUGAAAGAGCUGUACAUAUUUAAGUAAAGUUGGGUUAGGGUGGCACGAGCACUACACUGUUUUGUAUGAUAUUACGUCACGAUUAUUGCGCAAGCUGAUGCAAGUUAUUUUUAUUUCAAAGAAUAUUAUUGGUCUUAAUUGAGAUUAUCGACCUUGAAUAUUAACAAAAAUACUCACUUGUGAUAAAUAUGAUUCAUGUCCAAAAUUUUUAUUAGAUUAGAAAAUCAUAUGUAUAUAUUGUGCAGUUGUAAAAUUGUGAAGAUACUAGAACUAGUGGUUGAAGUAUAUUAUAUAGGUAAUUUAUGUUUUACAGGUGAUGUUGGUUUUAUGUAUAUAA